AUGGGCAAAAGACGUUUGUCAAUCUUUGGUUCAUACGAUACUGGUUCCAACAACAACUACUCCUCCUCUUUGGAUCAAAGUCAUUUUGUGGGAGAGAGUUUGUCGGAUUACGAAGUUCCAGUCACACGGCAGCCAGUUCAAAAAGACUUUCCAACAAUGUGUUAUUGUGGAGCAGAUGCUGUUGUUAAGAAUUACACGUUUGGCCAGCAAAAUGGGAGAAGAUACUACACUUGUGCUGGAAACAUUUAUGAUGGAGAUUGCCACAUUUGGAAAUUCUUCGACGAUGCAGUGGUUGAGGAGAUAUUAAUCCUCAAGAACAAAGUGAGUGGCUUAGAAGCUCGAGUCGAAAGAUAUGACAAAGAAGUUAAUGACCUUAAGCAAAUAGUACUCCAACUUCAGACCAAGGUUAACGAAAUUCAGACCAACCUCUAA